AGGCCACUCCUUCAGCGACGUACUCUAUUAUGGAAACGAGGGCACACUGCUGAUUUUCGACACCUUGUUCUUCUGCGUCGUGGACCUCGUGUCUCAAAGCUUCGUACUCGCAGCCGUGCUGACGUACGUGCAGCAAAUGUUCUCCAUCAGCCAUGCCCGUGAUGUCACAGCUUCUCCGGGGUUUGCCCCGGGCGACGGUCCUCUCCUCCAGUCUGGUACCAUGCCAGCAUCACCAUUUAGGGUCCGCCGCCCGCCCACCUGCCUCCAGGCGCCCAUCCCACGCGCGUCGCACCCCCUCAAGAUGUUACCGCACCACCUCAGCACUCCACAGCUACAUCCUCACUCCGCCGCAAGUCAACUCCAUCCUCAAAGCCAACGAGUACAGCUUCAAGGUGCCCGAGUUUGAUGGCAAGAACCUGUCAUCCGUGAUGGGCUUCGAGAGCAAUCAGCUCCCGGCUAACGCUCCGAUAGAAGACCGCCGCAGUGCCGCCACAUGCCUGCAGACCCGAGGGAUGCUCCUGGGCGUGUUUGAUGGCCACGCCGGAUGUGCUUGCGCACAGGCGCUCAGCGAGAGGCUCUUCUACUACAUCGCCGUGUCGCUGCUGCCCCACGACACCCUGUGCGAGUUGGAGGCCGCCGUGGAGGGGGGCCGGGCCCUGAGUCCCAUCCUCCAGUGGCACAAACACCCCAACGACUACUUCAGCAGGGAGGCUCAGACGCUGUACUUCAACAGCCUGCGGACCUACUGGCAGGAGUUGAUUGAUCUCACCAGCCCAGGCGACGUCCCAGAAACCAGCGAGGCUUUGAUGAAUGCCUUCAAGAGGCUGGAUAAUGACAUCUCCUUGGAGGCUCAGGUUGGAGACCCCAAUGCGUUCCUGCACUACUGGGUUCUCAGGGUGGCCUUCUCCGGAGCGACCGCAUGCGUGGCUCACGUGGACGGACCAGACCUGUACAUCGCCAACGCCGGCGAUGCUCGGGCGGUGCUGGGGGUGCAGGAGGAGGACGGGUCAUUCAGCGCGCACACGCUCUCCAACGACCACAGCGCCCAGAACGAGGACGAGGUGGCUCGGAUCCGAGGGGAGCACCCCCCGUCCGAGAGGAAGACGGUCAUACGCCAGGACCGCCUGCUGGGCCUCCUCAUGCCGUUCCGUGCUUUCGGCGACGUCAAGUUCAAGUGGAGCAUCGAGCUGCAGAAGGGAGUGCUGGAGUCCGGCCCCGACCAGCUCAACGAAAACGAGCACACCAAGUUCAUCCCCCCCAACUACCACACCCCUCCUUACCUCACGGCCGAGCCCGAAAUCACCUACCACAGACUCAGGCCGCAGGAUCGAUUCCUGGUGAUCGGUUCCGACGGCCUGUGGGAGACGCUGCACAGACAGGAAGUGAUCCGCAUCGUGGGCGAGUACCUGACGGGCGUGCACCAGCAUCAGCCGCUCACGGUCGGGGGCUACAGGGUCACCCUGGGACAGAUGCAGGGCCUGCUGGAGGAGCGCAAGGCCCGCGCCUCGUCCGCCUUCGAGGACCAGAACGCCGCCACCCACCUGAUGCGUCACGCCGUGGGCAACAACGAGUUCGGCACCGUGGACCACGAGAGGCUCUCCAAGAUGCUGUCGCUGCCCGAGGAGCUGGCCCGCAUGUACCGCGACGACAUCACCAUCAUCGUCUCCCAGUUUAACCCGCACGUGAUCGGAACGCAACGCUGAGUAAACACACACACACUCACACACUCACACGUGGUGUGGAAGUGGGAGUUCACUGGUUGCGUGAAGUAUUUAUAGCGACUUUAUUUAUGUACCGUACUAUGGGAUGGUACUUUGUAAACACUCAUGGCUGACGAGACACUGUUACAAACUUAUUUUGUGCCAAAAGAUCCUCAGAAAUUCCAAAGAGUGUCAGGAAGAAAUACUGCGGCCUGAUGGGAAUAUUUUUAUUUGGGAAAAACAAGCUAAACUAUGUUGCACAAUAUUAUCAUGCUAGUUUCAUCUCUUUGUUUACUAGAAGUGGCUGUUACUGUCUAUCAUAUCGUAGCAUUAGCACGUUAGCUGUGCACGACACCAGUGAUUCCCAAUCACUACUCAUAUCUUUAUGUUCUAUCUGCUCUAUGCCAGCUAUUCAACGCUUUACCACUAGAUGGCAGCAGCUACAUCCACCAGCUGCCUUUCCUACCAACACAACAGGUGACUUGCCGGGCUGAUCUAGGAUCAGUAAAAGGUAGGGAAACGCCGUGCUAGAACUUCCCAACACUCCAGGCAGUGUUUGAACUCGUCAUGUACUCCUUACAGCAGUUACACUACAUUUGGAUCCAGCUACGUUUAUUCACGUUACAAGCUUUUAUCUCGUCUAUGCUGUUUGUAGAAGUUGGAAUCCAAACUGGGGAACUAUUUUCUAUAGGGAAUGACAAAUAAACCACUUAUGUUAUACUGUUGUCUGGGAAUACUCCGUUUCCAAGUGUAGUAGUACUACAGAUGGUGGUUUUUAUUCAAGUUAGGAACUUCUACAUUUAGGCAUUAAAUCAUAAUAUAAGAUGCGCUGAAAUUGAAUUCAAAUACUAUUAACUAUUUUUAAGUAAAAUGUGGGAAAAAAAUUAUACAAUUGGAGUGUUUGCAAGUUAAAUUUUUUACAAAUAAAAUUUGGAUUAGUUUUCAAAAAACAUGAUCAAAUGCUUUUAAAUGACAUUUAAAUUAAAUCUUGGCAAAAAAGAUAUAUAUUUUUAAAAGAUAUGUAUAACAUCCUAAUAAUUUUAAUUUGUUAACAUUUGUUUUUAAUUAAAUUAAAUUAAAAUAUUUGCAAAGAAUACAAUAUUUUUUUCUUGUAAAUAUACAACUUUUUAAAGUUUUUUGGGGUUUUUUUUUCCCUCAUUUUUUUGUAAAUAUAAAGGUUUGGAUCGGGGCUAGCUAUCGGCGUCGCUAUCGGCGUCGCGUGUGGUAUAGCUAUCGGCGUAGCGAACGCAACGCGCGGAUUCCACUCUCAACCCUCACACCUGUGACGUCUACGUUCGGAGUCGCUUUGUGAGACCGAAAAAAAAGCACCAAUCAUGUGAUCUCCUCCCUGCCGCCUGAAGCGAUGAGUCAUCAGUGUGGCGGGCGGCAGACGGAGGAGACCAAAGUGUUGGCUGCAAGUGCAGAGUGAAACGUCAGCCAUUAGACGAGAUGUCGGUGUGGGGAAAGCAGCGGCCAGAGUGCUAGAGUGGCCCACUUGUUUUGUUUAUUGGGGGGGGGGG